CUUCCUGUAUAUCCGACCAUUACAGGAUCUAGAAAUGUCGACGACACUUUUAUCUGCCUUCUACGACAUUGACUUCUUGUGCAAGACGGAGAAGUCCCUGACCAACCUCAGCAGCAUGCUGGACAAGAAAGCCGUGGGGACCCCGGUGACCCCUCCCAGCUCCAGCUUCGCGCCGGGCUUCCUGCGGCGGCACUCGACCAGCAACCUGACGGCGCUGGCCGGCGGCUCCAAGUUCCCCAGCCCUACCGGCUCCAGCUCUUCUUCCACAUCCUCGUCCUCGUCGUCAUCCUCCUCCUCCUCCUCGUUCGGCAAUCUGAAGGAGACGGGCUCCGGCGGAGGCGGCGGCAGCAGCAGCCCCACGGCCCUGCUCAACAAGGAGAACAAGUUCCGGGACCGCUCCUUCAGCGAGAACGGCGAGCGCAGCCAGCACCUCAUGCAGCAGCUUCAGCAGCAGCAGCAGGCGGCCGGCAAGGGGAGCGGCUCCGGCGGCGGCGGCGGGGCCCCCAUCAACUCGACGCGCUACAAGACGGAGCUGUGCCGCCCCUUCGAGGAGAGCGGCGCCUGCAAGUACGGCGAGAAGUGCCAGUUCGCUCACGGCUUCCACGAGCUGCGCAGCCUCACCCGCCACCCCAAGUACAAGACCGAGCUCUGCCGCACCUUCCACACCAUCGGCUUCUGCCCCUACGGCCCGCGCUGCCACUUCAUCCACAACGCCGACGAGCGCCGCCCGGCGCCCGGCGGGGGCACGGCCGCCCCCCCGCCCGCCGCCGCGGCCGGGCCGCACCACCACCCGCACCACGCGGCCCCGCACCCCGCCGGCAGCACCGGCGACCUCCGCGCCUUCGCCCCCCGCGAGCACCCGCUGGGCGGCGGCGGCUUCGGGCACCCGCGCGGCGGCGAGCGGCCCAAGCUGCACCACAGCCUGAGCUUCUCCGGCUUCUCCGCCCACCACCACCACCAUCACCCCCCGCACCCCCACGGCACCGCCCCGCCGCCGCCGCCGCCCGGGGGCCGCCUGGACGCCGCCCUGCUGGAGAGCCCCGGCGGUUCGCGCACGCCGCCGCCGCCCGCCUCCGCCUCCUACUGCGAGGAGCUGCUCUCGCCGCCCUGCGCCAACAACGCUUUCGCCUUCUCCGGGCAGGAGCUGGGCAGCCUCAUCGCCCCCCUCGCCCUGCACACCCAGAACUUCGCCGCUGCCGCCGCCGCGGCCGCGGCCGCCGCCGCCUAUUACCGCUGCCAGCAGCAGCCGCCGCCGCCCGGCGGGGCCUGCCCGCCGCCCCCCGCCUCGCCGCCCUUCAGCUUCCAGCCCCUCCGCCGCCUCUCCGAGUCGCCCGUGUUCGACGCGCCGCCCAGCCCGCCGGACUCGCUCUCCGACCGGGAGAGUUACCUGAGCGGCUCGCUCAGCUCCGGCUCCCUCAGCGGCUCCGAGUCGCCCAGCCUGGACUCGGGCCGCCGCCUGCCCAUCUUCAGCCGCCUCUCCAUCUCCGACGACUGAGGGAGCGCGGGGCGGCGGCCGGGGGGCCCCGCGGCGGCCCUGCAAGUAAGUUACCGAGCGAAGAAAGCGAAACCUCUCCUUCCUCUCUAUUUUUGGUUGGUUUUAUUUUAUAUAUCUAUCUAUCUAUACACCGAGAGCUGAACAAAACGAGAAACAAAGCAUUUUGCAAAAGGGCAAAUGACACGAACUGAACAAACCUAUUUUUAUAGAGAGACCUUGGAAGAAGGGGAUUUUUGUUUCGGGGUUUUUUUGUUGUUGUCGUUCUUUGGAGACAAGUUAUGAUACGCACCAGCAGCAGCCAUUCCAUCUGUGUUCGAAAAAAAAAAAAGAAACAAACAAA